ACCACUCAGAAGGAGACAGAGAGAGCCUUAACGGCGAAAAUGGAAGGGAUUGGACUGCGAAGUUGCGGAGAGGAGAUUCUCCGUCUCGGAUUUAGUAUACGCGGUGGUAUCGGCGGCAAGUUUCCGGUUCUCCGGCGAGCUAUGGAGAUAAAGAUGAGAGACCGUAGCAAGAACAGGAAACCAUUGCAGAGAGGUCGAAUGCUCAGUAUCGAAGCGAUUCAAGCGGUUCAGGCCUUAAAGCGAGCUAAUCCUCUUCUUCCUCCUUCUUCUCCCACGUAUUCGUCGUCCUCAGCUCUGCUUGAUCGUGUAAUCGAUUCCAAGUUCCGUCGGCUCUUAAAAUUCGAUAUGGUCGCCGUUCUCAGAGAACUAUUACGCCAAAACGAGUGCUCUCUAGCUCUCAAGGUUUUUGAAGAGAUUCGAAAAGAGUAUUGGUACAAGCCUCAGGUUAGAUUGUACUCGGAUAUGAUCACUGUAAUGGCGGAUAAUAGUUUGAUCGAAGAGGUCAAUUAUAUUUACUCUGCUAUGAAAUCGGAAAAGGUUUUAAAGGCUGACACUGAAGACUUCAAUACUCUCUUGACGAUACUUGUGAAUCAUAAGCUGUUUGAUCUUGUCAUGGAUUGCUACGCCUUUAUGCAAUCUAUUGGGUAUGAGCCUGAUAGAUCAUCCUUUAGGAUUCUAGUCUUAGGUCUUGAAUCGAAUGGCGAAAUGGGUUUAUCGGCUAUUGUUAGGCAAGAUGCUCAUGAGUAUUACGGUGAAUCACUCGAGUUUGUUGAAGAAGAUGAAGAAAACUCUAGUGAGACUGGUGUGUUGAUCUAAAAUCUAAAUGAUGGAGCACAAAAGUUGAGAGAGCUAACGGUUUGAUCGUAUUGUAUACUAAUAUCUUCUAAGUAGAGCAGUAAAAGGAUGUGUCGAUUCUUGUAUCUACGGUAUCAUCAUGUAGGCUUGUAUGUUUUAACAUUGGAAUGUUACCACCGAGUAAGCGUUUUUGGAUUGCACCAGUGAAGAUA